CCGCAUUCCGCGUGACGACUCGUUGCACGGUACACGUGUGCGCGUACAUACCCGUUCGUGACGUGUUCGCCGCGCGCCCAACCGCACGCCACGUGUCCCGGCCCACACGCACGUCGACCGAGGACUUCGCGAGUGACCGGCAGCCCAACCGGGACGGUUUUCGCAGCGUCGCCGAAAGAGGAGGAGACAAGCCGCAGCAAGCAUCAAAUUGAAAAUAACGAAAAACUAUCGACAUUAUUUCAGUCUCAGAUCUAAUCAAAAAGAUUAAUGGGGUAUAAAAUUAAAUAGGUCCAUUAUAGUCUUAACAUCUUCAAGCUCGUUCAAAAUCCCAAAGGGACUUCUUCAACGGUUCUUAACCAUCAAUUUGUUGGAUGUACAACUACAUUCUUCGUUCUGCACUUGAGGCGUAAUUUCUGGUACGUCAAGUCAUUUUCAUCGUUCAACAGGGUUGUAAAAUUAUUGUUUUCUUAUUUCUACUGGAAAUUAACUGGGCGUUUUUACUAUGCAGUAUUUUUGGCCAAGAUUUCAAGAUAUUACCAUAAAGAUAUUUCUACGGAGAAGAUAUAUUUGGACAUCUUUAUUUAAUCGAAUGAUACUCAUGAUCAGGACUCGGAAAUUCUAGCGAAUGCACAUUUUUCUUGGUUCAUCCUAGAACAUAAACAAACCGACAAAAGCAAUUUCGGAAAUUUACAACGAGAAACAUCAAAAUGCCCAUGUUUGUGAAAAAUUUAACACUUAAAGGGCGAUGACAACGACUUCGAUACUGAUGACUACGACGACGAUGACGACGACAAAAUGAUGAUGAUGAUGACGGUGAUGACAUUGACUACGAUGACAACGAUGAUGGUCGAACGAGCAAAAUGAGUGUAAUUGAGCGUUCGGGGUAAUGGUUCUAUGGACGACGAGGGCGAUGAUGAUGAUGAUUAUGAUGAUGACGACGAUGACAAUAAUGACGACGACGGUGACACUACGGACCUCGGUGGCGGCGGCGCCGUUGUCAUCGUCGUUGUCGUCGUCGACGGGCUGCCCGGCCGGGUGUGCGUGCAAGUGGAAGAACGGUAAGCAGACGGUGGAGUGCGUGGGCAAAAAGGUGACAGGCGUGACGGCGGCGCUGGGCAUCGACCCGGCCACGCAGGUGCUGGACAUAUCGGACAACGACCUUUCGGCGGCCGGGCUGCCGCGGGACAUGUUCGCCGCUGCCGGCCUAUCCAACCUGCAGCGCAUCCACGCGGCGAGGUGCAACGUGUAUUACGUGCACGACCGCGCAUUCUACGGCCUCACCAACCUUGUGGAUCUGGACCUAUCCGGCAACUGUCUACGGCACGUGCCGACCGCCGCGUUCGUCGAGUGUCCGUCGCUGAUGAAGCUCAGCCUGAGCGGCAACCCAAUCGCUGAGGUGCCGGCGCGCGCGUUCCGGCACCUCGGCCAACUAACCGCGCUCGACCUGAGCGGCUGCGGCCUGACCGCCGUGGCGGCCGGCGCAUUCGACGACCUCGCUGGGCUGGACUGGCUGAAGCUGGACGACAACCGACUGACUCAUGUGCCGGGACUGCACACGUUGCCCACUAGGCUGCACCAAGUCGACCUGCACCGCAACGACUGGCAGUGCGACUGCCGCGCGGCCGACAUGCACCGAUGGUUGUCCACGUCCCGCGUGCCCGUGGCUGAAGAACCGGUGUGCUCGGGGCCGGCCACGUACGUCGGCGUCCUGGUGCGCCGGGUGCCGGCCGCCGAGCUGGCGUGUGCACCGGUCGUGUACCCGGACGCAAGGCACGUGCAGGACGUAGCCGAGGGCGCAAACGUGUCGUUCCGGUGCCUGGUGGCCGCCACGCCGGUGGCCACGGUCGAGUGGCUGUUCGGCGGUGCGCCGGUGUACCGGCACAACGCGUCCGAGCUGAUCACCGUGGACGGCAACACGACGGCUGAGCUGUACGUGUACAACGCCAGUCUGAGCGACGCGGGCACGUAUUCGUGCGUGGCAGAGAACCGGGCCGGCCGGGCCGAGGCCAACUUCACCGUCACCAUGCGGCCUAGCCGACCGUCACUGGCCGCUGGCGCUGUGGACGAUCGUUCCGCGCCAUCGCAGUCGUCGUCAGCCGCGGCCGGUGGUAACGACGGCCACUCGCUGGUGUACGUUGCGUAUCUGGCUGCCGGUUUGGUUGCCCUGUCCGCGGCCACCGCUGUCGCCGCACUGGUGGCCGUCCGGUGCAAGCGGGUGAUACGUGAUGGUGGCCGCACCGGCGAUUCCGCGGCGACCACUGGAAAGCGGCGGCCAGUGGCGCCCGCAGCCGACGGUUACCGCGCCGUGAGCACGACGGCCGACAAGGAACCGCUUGCGGACGAGCGACUGCCGACGGCGAGCGUGGCGAGAACGACUACCGCCGCCUCGGUCACGACGUCGGCAGGGGCAGCGGUAACCACCACGGCUAAGGGCACCGCCGGACCAGCGUACGAGACUGGGGUGGUGUCGCGGAGCAACCCUGACGUGGUAAGCGACGCGAAAUGCGCAGGCUGGGAAAUUGACUUCGAGCAAAUCGUGUGGGCCGAGUGUCCGCCGGCUACCGGUUACGUAUCCAUACAGAUACCGGUGCAGUGCGGCAUCGAUUGCUUGGGCGCGUAUUACGCGACCACGGCGGCCGAAGCCAUAGGCAUUAUGAGCCCCAGCCCUUUGGGCAUAAAUCCGAUGCCAUACAGCACGUGCUCAGGGGCCACGGGCACGAUCCGGAGGCAGCACAGACGAGCAGCCGUGCUGGCCGCGUACGACGACACCGUCCAGGUGCGGACCACCGCGCAAGGCGGGUACCCGACAGCCGUGCCGGCCGUGGACGCGUUCCGAGCUCCGCCGUCCAUCGUGGUGGACGACGGCGACUGUUGCGGCUCGAUGGCCGUCGCGCCAAUAAUCAGCCCGCCCUUGCCUUUCCGAUCGGCGACCUCCGGAGCCGACAACGACGACAACGACGCGGACACCAGCGUUCAAGACGCGAACGAUUCGAUCGCUCUGUAAGCCACCGCGGUCGCGUACGAGAUACCGAAUAACCGAUGUGGUUUUCAUAUUUUUCUUUCAACACCCAUUUCGCCUAUGAUGAUCGAAAGAGCAUAAUAAUUCGGUAGGCCGAACGAGUUGUUACGCAACACACACUAUUCAUGAUUUUACUAAAAUAUAUAUUUUUAUGUUUCGAGCGAAAUGCUGAAUACAGGCGGCGUUCCAUGAAAUACGUGGGCAUUCCACAUAAUCCCUUGUUCAGUUCGCCUGUGAAUUACAAUCUUUAUGUCGUUUCUAAUAAUAGUUAAUUCAUAUGAUUCCUAGGAUUUCUGUAGAACGUUACAGCUACGCUAGGGUUAUAGUAUAAUAAAUACUUUAGUAUUUCGAUUUUCAUAUAUACAUAUAUAUAUAUAUAUAUAUAUUCAACAAAACCUUGUCCGACUGCCGAUGACAUUAUUGUACGGUGAGCAGUCAUCAAGUACUGCAUUGACUGAACUCGGAAUCUACCGCAUCCGUGAAAUUGCAUUUAACAGUUGUUAUGAUUACGUUAAUUUAAUCGUUGCAUCAACUUAUACAAACCCGGACGAUAAGCAACGUAUUUGCAAUACGAAUCAUUAUGGAAAUUGAUUUAUCACGAUGUACUUGAAUAAUAUCGAUCUCACACACUGCCCACACUGGACGUUCAUGGAAUUUCAUGGAAUACUCAUCAUUGUACCAUAGAUUUUAUACUUUUCUCGCUCAUUUUUGACAAGUCUACUGAAUGUUUAGGUAUCGUAUGGAACGCCGAUAACACUUAGACGGUAAAAAAAAAUUCGCAUAAAUAUAAAUCAUAGUGUUUACUGAUAUUAUAAAAUAACAAUGUAAGUAUGAUAUUAUAUUUACAUGUAUGUAUACUAUCAAUAAAGUAGAACCUCGAUUAUCCUAACCAAGAUUGGCGUAUCCGCUCUAUUCCCCGAACUAUUAUUUCGUUACGUGUACAUAUGUAUGUAUUUUCGUAU